GUUUCGAAUUUGGCUGUUUUCACACCAACAAGGUGCAGUAAAUGUUUCCUAAACAGCUCAGUCUUAUUUCGUACGAAUAAGAAAUAAUGAUGAAACGUAAACUUAACGAUGGUAGAGGCGCACAGAAUCCCGAGCAAAAGCGACCAAGAAGCCAGACCAGUUAUAUAGGAGAUCCACGACUGAUCCCACGUGUAAGACAGUAUUUGAAUGCUCAGAAGUCAAAAAACGUGAAUCUGCGGUCAAUGGCAGAGGACCUACAGAGGCAGUAUGGGGAAUAUGGAAGAAAAAAGAAGAAUGCAUUUUAUAAAUCGGUAGAAAAAGCAUAUGAAUUGAUAAAAGGAAAGGAAGUGGAUAAUUUGUCCAGACUGGAGCAAAAACAUCUCAGCAAGCGUAGAACUUCAUCCUCCAGUGAUUCAGACUCAGGUUCUGAUGUUAUAGCUGAUGACAGUGAUGUCAGUUUUUCUGAUGACAACCCCAACUAUAUAAACUACCAGGAUUCUAAUGCUAUGAACAGCAUGAUGGCAAGCAUUUACAGAAACAUGUCAGCACCUAGCACGUCCACCAUGCCUCCCUUAUCUCUUGGUCCUGGUCCCCUUGUCUUAGAUCCUGGGUACAGGAGUCCACCCUCGGCUGGGGCGGAUGCUUGUAUCACUAUAGACGAUUCCUCAGAAUCAGACCAGGAGGUGGCCUCCACCAGCCAGGGUCCUAGCACAGCCUUCUUUGUGGAUCGAGUGGGAGAGAGACCACAGUCAAAGAAGGACACUGACUUUACUGAUCCCAGUCCCCAGGGUAAGGCACCUGAUGUGUCUGUCUGUCAGUCACCUGCUCCCCUUGUAGAGGUACAACAGGGGGGUCAGAAGAGGGAGAGGUCUGAGAAGACAAGUAAUAAGACCGAAGUCAGCGCCAAGGGAAAAGAGACCGAGGAUGUGAGCUCAGGGAGGAAAACUCCUAAAGCAAAUAAGUUGAAGAAAUCCAGUGCAGAGGGAGAAAGAAAAGAGAAAAAAUCUAAGUCAG